AUAGCCUCAUCGCCAUAUUUAAAAGUACACAUUUGGGUGACGCCAUGACAGGUCACGUGAUGUAAAUUUUUGUCGGGCAUGCGCAACGAUCGCAGAUUUUCCAAGUGAUUUUUGAAACGGAUGCCGCAGACAAUGUGAUAUUCUUCCAAAGUGACAGUGUUGUGUAAAGCAAAGUGGACUCUAACGCUUUGAGGAUAGCAGUGCUAAUGCCAUGUUAGGAACAUCAGUGUUUAAUGUUUUUUGUAUGAUAGACUUUCUGGAUUUAUCCGUGGAUAAACUGUUCCUGUGGUAAUUAUGGCGCACUUCCCCCAACCAGCCUCCCUCGAGGCGGCGUUACCCCUCCUCACCAGGCCAGACCUGCGCCUGCGCCAGCAGCUCGGAGACCAGCUGGUGGAGCUGGUGCGGCGCGAGCCCGAGAUCAGCCAGGAUGUAGCGGCCCAAUUGUUGGAUGCCCUGACGGCGUGGCUGCAGGGAGGGAACUUUAAGGUGGCGCAGAAUGGGCUGGAGGUGGUGGCGGCGCUUGCGGAGCGGCUCGGCGCCGACUUCUCCGUCUACGUGCCCAGUGUCAUGCCGCAUAUUAUUGACAGACUAGCAGACACUAAAGAGGGCGUGCGCCACAUGGCCCGCGUGUGCGUGUCCACACUCGCAGCCAAUCGCUGCGCGCCUCCCAAGAGUCUCUUAGCGAGGCUCACGCCGGCUCUAGCUCACAAGGCUCUACACGCCAGGGAAGAGACCUUGCACGCUAUCAGUGAUUUAUUGGAGGCGCACGGCGCCCAAGAGUUGCAACUCCGCGCGGCGGUGCCCAACAUAGCGGCGCUGCUGAGCGACCCGGGCGCGGCCGUGCGGGACGCCGCGCUGCAGCUGUUGGUGGACGUUUACAGACACGUCGGUGAAAGACUCCGGCAAGACCUGAAGAAGAAAGAGCUAGUCCCAGCCCAGAAGAUGGCGCUUCUCGAGCAGCGGUUCGACGAGGCGCGGGAAGCUGGCCUGCUGUUACCCACAGCGGUAUCAAACAACGACGAGACAGACUUCGUAUCCCGCACCGUGAAGCGACAGAUGACGAUACCGACCGCGCCGCGCCGCGACGCCGACAGCGGCGCCUCCACGCCAGCCGGUGAACCCCCCAAAAGGACAGUCCCAGGCCUGUACAGUCUGCCAUCUGGGAAUAGGAAACCUCCGCCGCCCACCAAACUAUCCAGUGCAGUAUCAAGCGCACCCCUAUCCGCCGGCGAGGCAGGCGCGGUCUCCUGGGAAGCCUUCGAAGCAGCCUUCGCGUGCACAGCCCCGGCGGCCGUGUACGGGGCGCGCGGGCUCGACGACCUGUGCCGCCACGCCGCCGCGCUGCUGGGGGACAAGACCGCCGAGUGGGAGAAGAGGGUCGACGCGUUAAAGAAGAUCCGUUCGCUACUAACAGCCAACGCGCACACACAGUUCCCCACGGAGUUUUACGCGCACCUGAAAGAGCUGUCGGUGCCGUUUCUGGUCGUCAUCAAGGAUUUGAGGAGUCAGGUGGUCCGAGAAGCGUGUAUCACGAUAGCGCACAUGGCCAAAGUGUUGAAGAACAAACUGGAACAGUUCGUCCUGUAUAUCCUGCAGGAGCUUAUCAACUUGAUACAGAAUGCUGCUAAGGUGGUAUCAUCAGCGGGCACGGUCUGCGUCCGCUUCAUCGUGUCUCACGUGCACUGCGCUCGCCUGCUGCCCGCCGUCGCCGCGAACCUCACCUCGCACAAGAGCAAGGAGAUACGGUCCACACUCAGUGAGGUGCUAGUCCUGAUCCUGGAGAAAUGGUCUCCGAGCAUAGUGGAGAAACAACAACAAGUGGUCCGCGACGCCAUCCGCCGCGCCGCCGUCGACGCUGAUUGUAAUUGCCGGACGCACGCGAGAAAAGCGUACUUCGCGUACAUCCGCAUGUUCCCCGAAGACGCGGAGGCCCUAUUCCUGAGGCUGGACUCGGCCGCACAGAAACAGAUAGACCGGGAGCGGCACAUGGCCAGUGCGGACUGCCUGCAUACUGUCGCUAAUGAUAGAAGAAUAUUGACAAGCCCGCGCAGUCCCUCCGUCAGUGUAUCCGACCGAUCCCCAGCCCCCACGGCCGGCCGCUCAGUGUCGGCCCUGGACGCGGCGGCGGCGCAGCGCGCGCGCGCCCGCGCCAUGUACUCGCACAUGGGCCGCGCCAAGCUGCACUCCAACACUGCCAGCUUACCUCGAGCCAAGCGGUCACCGGUGGCCGGCGGCGGAGUGCCCCCCAGCCCAGAACAUAAUAGCGCUAGAUCUAGGUCUAGACCGAGGGUGUCUCACUCGCAACCGACAUCCCGCUCCUCGUCCCCCAUGGGUCGCAACAGCGGCGCGCUGUCGCUGGCGCCGCGCCGCCGCCCCUCCGGCAUCCCGCGCUCGCUCGCCGGCUCCCGCGAGACCAGCCCCAACAGAACGAGCCGCUCAAACAGCGUAGUGGGUUCAACACUGCGGCGCCGCGAGUCCGUGGAGCGGUCGACACGGGCCCCCACCUCGUCGAUACGGCUGCUGCAGCAGAGCAGGGACGCUGAGGGCAGUUUGAGGAGCCCCGAAGACCACUCUCUGCUGGACAGCUCCCGCAUCCGGGACGACGACUCUGAAGCUUCGAGCGUUUGUUCAGAACGAAGCAUAGAUUCUUAUAGACGGCACGAUAGCGUGUCCUGGUCGGGCUCCAUGUCCCGCCUCGGCUGGGAGGCGCCGCCGCCGGACGACAUCAUUGCGCUGUGCGCCUGCACGCACUGGACCGAGCGCAAGGACGGACUUACGCACCUGGCCAACUACCUGAACAGCGGUCGUCUAUUAACGGAGGAUCAGCUGAGGCGUCUGACGGAGCUGUUGAAUAAGAUGUUUGUGGACGCGCAUACUAAGGUGUUCUCCCUGCUCCUGGACGCGGUCUGCGAGCUGCUGCUGGUGCACUGGCAGCAAUUGAAGGACUGGCUCUACCAGCUCAUGUUCAGGUUGCUGAUGAAGCUAGGCACCGACAUCCUGGGCUCAGUUCAGAGCAAGAUCAUGAAGACUUUAGACGUCAUACACGAGUGCUUCCCCGCUGAGCUACAGCUGCACAAUAUAUUCAGGUUCCUAGCUGACGGCGCGACCGCCCCCACUGCUAAGACGAAGGUGGCUGCGUUAAGGUUUCUGGCAGACUUGGCGCACGACUACUGCGCUCCCAAUAGUCUGGCGACAGCUUUACAUGGCGGCGCCACCGGCGUGGCUGGACGAGCCAUAGUUCGGGUAGUCCACCUCGCCAGCGACCCACGAGGCGGCGACGUGCGUCCCACCGCCCGACGCGCCCUUGCUGCGUUAUAUGACUGCAAUCCGCCGCCUUUCACGGCGCUGAUGAACGAGCUGCCGGCGGACACUCAAGCCGUGGUCAACAGCAUCGUGCAGCAACACGUACGCAGGACCUCCAGCAGCAGCGACAGCCCAAUCCGCCACGCGCCGGCGGCGUCCAACUCGGCGUGCCCUGAAGACGUGCACUCCAGAAUACGCAGGACCACCACCGAGAUACACACGUACACCGCGCAACAUGCCAACGAGUGCGGCAACAACCACAUGUCGAGCAAAGACUCGGGCAUCAGUCAGAUGUCAGACGUCACGCUCUCGAAUAGAGGAUUCAACGGAGUGCCCAACGGACAUUAUCAUGCCGAGCCGGUGGCGCGCGCCGCGUCCGCCGACAGCUCGGAGGGCGCGAGCACCAAGGAGUCCUCGCCCACGCACCAGCGCCACGACUACGCGCACCAUGAAUUCAACUCAAACGUGGGUCGGGAUAAACUUCGGCCGUACGAGACUGACGAAAACGGAUAUAUUAUUACUAAGUGCGGCCUCCGCGAGCCAGAAGUUCUAGAAGCGCUAUGCAAGUUGGACGUGAACCAAGAACCUCCGGAGCAGUGGGAGCGACUCUUACUCGCCACGCACGAGGUACUCAAGUACGGGGACUGCCGCCUGCCGCAGGAGUACUUCAAGAACAUAGUGCGCGUGGCUCUAGCAGCUCUCAGCAACGAGGAGUGCUCCGCGGACAAGGAGAACUCGGAGACCGGCUCCAAUGCCAACCAGUCCUCAGGUUGGAACACGGCGAGCGAGCGCGCGGCCGCCGAAGCAGUCCGCGUGCUAAUCUGGCUGUGCCGCCGCCCCGAGACCCGAACUCAAUGGCUCGAGUACUUCGACCUGAUCCUGCUGAAACUCAUGAACGCAUACAGCGCACUCAGCAAGGAGGUGAUGCGGGCUGUGGACGCGGGGCUGCCGCAUGUGGCGGAUAAACACUCGGCGGAGCAGGUGCUGACCCUCCUAAAGCCCGUGAUCCGGACCCGAGGCUACCCGAUAUCCCUCUGCGCGCUGAAGCUCGCCGCCGAGGUGGCCAAGGCGCGGCCGCACGAGCUGACCGACGAGACUGUCGGCUCGCUGAUGCAGGGCGUGGCACAGCUGGCGGACCACCAGAACUCGGCGGUGCGCAAGGCGGCCGUCUUCUGCAUGGUGGCGUUCACAUGUGCGCUGGGAGAGACUCGCAUGAAGCCCCAUCUGGCGCUGCUGUCUGUCAGCAAGUACCGACUGUUGCAGGUAUACAUAAGCAAGAACCGCAGCGAAGCCUCCAAAUCCCCGGGAGGGUCGUAGCGGCGCCGCCGACGCGCGCGCACCGCCACCCGCGCCACGCAGACCGACUGAGCAGCAGCUUCAUCAUCGUCAGCAGAGGUGAUGAGGGUUACCUGGAGUACCGGAUGUAUAGUGCUGGAGAGAUGUGAGAGUCAGUUGUUAAUAUUUUUGUUACUGGCUCAUAGUUUGUUGUGAAUCCUUAUUAUCACCGGUAUACUAUCUUGUUGGUUCUCAUCAUCCUCAGUGGUGAUGAAUGUAGCCUGAAGUACCAGAUGUAGUGGGUUGUUAAUCCUUUACUGACUUAUAGUUUGUUUUGGUUCUUCAUCAUCAUUGUAGUCACUGGUAAUGAGGUGAUGAAUGUUACCUGGAGUAGUGCUGGACGUGAGAGGGUUAGUCAGCUGAUACUUGUGUUACUGACUCAUAGUUUGUAUUGAAUCAUCAUCAUCAUCACUGGUGAUGAAUGUUACCUGAAAUAGAGCUGGAAGAGAGUGCUGUUGAUCUUUGUGACUCAUAAUGUAUGUUUGUUCAUCAUCAUCACUUGUGUUCAAAUUAAACAAGGCAGUGUGGGGAUUAGUUAUCUGUCGAUUUUUGUGUAUUAAUGUUACUGACUCAUAUUAUAUUUUGUAGAUUCUUCUUCAUCAUUAUAAUCAUCUUAGGUGAUGAAUGUUAUCCAAAAUUGUAUUGUUAAACUCAAACUCAAAUGUUUUUAUUCAUCGUAUAAAUAUAAAAUUUUCUGAUGAACGUAAAUUUUUACAAACUACCCUCCGUUCGGAUAAGGGGCUCUUUCUGUUAGUAGGUCAUAGAUCUUUUUAUACUGAUUUUAUUGAUUCAUGAAUGUCAACUGCUGGUAAUAGGAAGGUUUAUUGAGUAACUGGUGAUGAUGGGUUUAGUCAGGGGUGUUAAUUGAUUUCAUCACCAUCAUCGAAAUUUGGUGAAUGGUGAAUUAAGGAAAUUAUGAGUCAGUAAUGCAAUGUGGAUGCAAAAUUUUGCUAUUAUAUCGAUAAUUAUACUAAACAGAAUAGGAAUUGUAUGUAGACUUCGUUUGUGUCUCAUACAAGCCUAGGUGGUGAAUGGUACUGAAAGCAAAUUGGCUAAAAAACAUUUGUAUAAUUGAUUUACUGUCAGUUUAUAGAGGAUUUGAUAUUUUGUAAAAUUUUGCAUCCAUCCAACAGCUGUGGGCCUUAUUGUAUUUCGGACUUUAGUUCUUUUGAAUUAAGAUCUAAUUGUGUUUAACAAUCCACACUUUUAUAAUGAUGUGAUGGAAAACUUAAUGCUUUUGCUUUUAUGUAACAUGUGAUAUAUAUUUUAUUCUUUACAUGGGUGUUAAAAAUGUUAUAAUAGGUUUACAAAUAUAAUUAUGUUAACAAAAUUAUGUAAAGAAUAAAUUAUUACCGUGUAUUUGUUAUUUAUAGUGACCAUGCUACAUGCAAGAGCUGAACCCAGACAUUUACGGAAAUGACCGGGUCGUCGGCAUGUCAGCGACAUUUGUUUACUUCAUGUAAAUAAUCCUUUGAAAAGACAUAAUGUUAUAUAUUUUUUUGACACAAGGCACUGAAAAGAUCUCUUGGGAAAAGGUUAAGCGCGCGUCGAUAAAAAGAAAGGUUGGAUAAGAAUAAGUAUUUUUGAUGUGAAAUUCUGUUUGAUUGUCUAAUUAUAAGCUUUUAGGCUGUAAAAAAUUAAGAUGUUAAUCGCGAUUUCAGUCAAAGAUGGUGUGUAAAUGUUAAAGUAUUAGUCUUGUACAUCGGCUGUCGUAGCUUUCCCUAUUGUCUGUGAAAUUCGUGGCUAUCUAUCUCGCUCGGGCACAAUGAAGGAAGCUUGUAAAGUCGCGAUUUUUCUCAAAAUCUCUUUGUAAUAGGGCGUUUUUGUAUAAAACCUAGCGGUAGUGUUGUCGUUUCAUACAGACCUAGCCAUGUUUUGGAAUGUACGGUUUUUCUCUUCGACUGCAACAUCUGUUUGCACUAGAAUUUAUGGUUCUAUUCUCACAAAGGAUGAUGCUUUUUUACAAUAGUUAAAAUACAUUAUUUUUACUUUAAUGUUAUAAAAGUAUAAAUAUCUAUUCUAUUGUAUAUUGUAUUUAUUAUUCGGGGUAUUUCAGUGCCUACACAAAGCUUACACAAUGUUUCUUGUAAAUUAACCAUUAAUGUAAUGUAAUUAACUAUUGAUUCCUCAUAUUUACCCAAAAAUAUCAUUAAUGAUAAAGAUAAACAAACAUACAACAACAAAAAAUCAGAAAAUACGAUAAUACUAUACAAAACAAAGAAUAACACAAUAGGUUGCUGUCCAGAGCGUCAAAAAGGCACCAGCUCAGCAUAUGCUGUAGACAAUAAGGCCACAGGCUGAUUUUCAGCUGGCCCUUACAAGGUGACCUCGUUACAAUGUUCGACUUUACCAUUUUGUCUCGAUAAAUAAUAUUUAUAAUUUUUCAUGAGUUCACUUGUCAUAAUAAUACAUAAUUCCAUUAUGUACAAUUCGUGAUUAUAUAAUAAGAUGCCGAAGGUUCUGCUUCUACUUCUAGGUACAUACUAUUAUGUUUUUAAAACAUACUAUUUUAGUUCUAAUUUCUCACACCAUUCGCUUUAAUGGCGCUACCGUCGCUUUAAGCUAGUCUUUCUGAUUUCAUUAGUUCUAUUUAUUGUUUCUCGUCUUGAAAAUUAUGGGUUCUAUAAUCUUUCUGUUUUUUUAGAUUAUGGAAGGCAGAUUUUUUUAAAAUUUAUUGUAACACUUAUUUACUUUUACGUAAAGUUUUAUAAAUCAGCCAAUCAUGAUCAGAUUUCUGAAGAGCCUAAAAUUAAGCCAAAAUAAGUGUGUAAAAGAUAAACUGGUCGUAUUUUAAAAUAUCUUUGAUACAACGUCAUUACUCUUUGUGAUUUUCAGUGUGACCAGUUUAUAUGAUAUGCAGUCUUAAUGCCAAUAUCUCCAUAGUCGGUUAUCUAACCGACCAGGGUUGGUUAAUCAAUUAUACGUCAUCUCCAUAUAAAAUUCUUGACAGAUGUGUUAAAAGUCAACCACUAAUACCUGGUUAUGCUCUAACCGACUAUGGAGAAAUUGGGACUUAUCCUGGGUUUACUGGGUUAACUUUACAACGGGUAAAAGAUGAAGGAUUAUUUCUUUGGAAUCUAUUUACUCUUGGCCUUUUCAUCACUCAGCUACUAGCUACUACUACCUUCUGGCUAGUAGUAGCUCCGAAUUUUAAUAUUUUUCAUAGACUUUCAUGUUAGUAUUAGGUUGCUUGGGUCCAGAAAUCUAGAGUUUUUUUCAUCUGAAUUUCCUUUUUAAAUGAUGUAUUAAUUGAAAUUUAGUCGGUUAGUGCAUAGCUAUUUUCUACCAUUUAUAAAUUGGUGCGAUAUUAUUCUUUAUGUAUUUAUAGUUUUAGUUUCUAAUCAUGCUUUCGACUUUUUUAUGCUUAAAUAGUAAAAAAUGUACAAUAUUUAUGAUUUCUGAGUGAUUGUUAGGCGUUUGUUGUGUAUUUGUGUAGAUAGAUGGCGUUGUGUUGUGCCUUUAUGCCAAAAACUCCGUUUAACAUUAGCGAGAAGUCUUACCCUUUCAUACUAUGAACUGUCAGAUUAACAAGGGCUUGUAAGCGUCACGUGAUAAUCGAAUUUGGACUGUCUGACCAACACUAAAGAGUUGACUAGACUUGGAAUAUCACCAAACUGACAGUUCAUUCUAUGAAUUCGGGAAUUGAAGUUGACAGCUGUCAAAAAUUCACAGUUGAUUUUAAGACAACUGUCAAAAAGUUGUGGAGGUUAUAUUUGAUUGUAAUCGUUACGUUUUACCCAAUUCGAUUGUGAAUUUGUGAAAACUUUUGUACAUUAAAAAAAUACUCUAUAAUUAAAAAAGUUUAUAUUGCUUUGUUGUUGACUUUUGAUGGCUUCGAAACCGGACAAUUGUUUCAUAGUUAACGCUGUAGCUAGCAUGUCUGUUUAUUUCAUCUAAAUUUGACUAAUUCUUAAUUUACAGCUUCCAAUUUUGUAGAAAAAUACAAUAGUAUCAACAUAAUAUAAAGUAGCAUUCAGAAAAUAUCUUUAUAUUAUUUUAACAGUAACCUGCUUUAGACAAUGUAGUGGAACAAAAUUUGUGUACUGUUUGUGUCAUUGUCAUAACAUCAUUUAUAAAAAAAAUGUAUGUACCCUCAUGUUAUUUUUUACACACAAAUGCAGAAAUAUAGUUAUAAAUCUGUACCUACAUUAUAUUUCCAACAUAAGAGAGCGGAAAAUGUGAGAAUGUACAUAAAUAGGAGAUUACUGCAAAGCUUAUGUAUAUCUUUUCACAAUAAUGUAACCUUGAAUCUCGUUUUUAUAACACAAAAAUGACACCAUCUUAUUUAUCUUGCUUCUCAUUAUUAUAUUAUAACAAUAAAAAAUGCUUAAAAAAUAGUCAGAUAAUGGCCAUUGAUAGGGAAAAAUAUUUUUGUUUUUACAUGAAUAUGGGUGGUAAUUUUUUUCUUUUUCUGUACACCAAAUCUUGUUAACUUUUAGUUCUAGAGUCAAUUUUCUGUCUAUAGGUACAUUGUCUGUCUGAGAAAUCAUAUUUUAAGUAUUUGUCAUGUGUAAAUCGGAAAUAUUCGCUAACAUUCCUUUUCGAAAUUUGUUUUUUUGGUUACUAAAGUUUUAUGUAAAAACUCUUAAUUUUUUUAUUGAAUAAAAUCUUGGAGUGAAGGAUUUUUAAUACUUAAAGUAUGAUGUAUGAUUAAAAAUUACUUUGUCUAAGAACAUCAAGCAAAAUUGAGGUUUUUGGUAGCCAUUUUGAUUUUUAAUUUAAAAUGUUUAAAAAAACUGCAUUUAUAUUAUUUAAAAAAGCUUUUGAUUGAGUGCGAGUGCUAUCGUGUCAAAUGUACCCGUAACGUUUAUUGUAUUAAAUUAAUGAUUAAUAUGAUUAAAUUAAUUAAUGUACGAUAGUUAUGAAUAAAAAUGAUUUUUAAGCCUUUA